CCCGGCGCACCGACGACAAUGGCGGAAUGCCAAGGUUGCUUGUGUUUUCAGUGCGUGACGACGUCGGAGAUAGGCAUUAUCGAACGCUGCGGCAGAUAUGAACGGCUGGCGCCGCCCGGAUUGCGAUGUGUCUGUUGGCCGCUAGAGACAGUAGCGGGACGCAUUAGCCGACGGAUCCAGCAGUUGGACGUAGCCUGCGAAACAAAGACAAGUGAUAACGUAUUUCUAAACGUGAUCAUAUCCGUACAGUACAAAGUCAAAGAAGAAUAUGUAUAUGAGGCGUUCUACGUGCUCAAUGAUCCAUCGGAGCAGAUCAAGAGCUAUGUGUAUGAUGUAGUGCGGUCGACCUUGCCCUUGUUGACGCUCGAUAAAGCGUUUGAAUCGAAGGAAAUGGUGGCCCAAUCCGUUAAGAGGGAAUUAUCAGGUGUUAUGAGCGAGUACGGAUUCGUCAUACACAAUGCCCUGGUAACUGAUAUUUCGCCCGACGGUCGGGUCAAGGCUGCCAUGAACGAAAUUAAUGCCUCGAAGCGCCUCAAGGAAGCUGCUUUCGAAAAAGCGGAGGGCGAGAAAAUAUUGCUGGUGAAAUCCGCAGAGGCCCAAGCUGAAAGCAAAUAUCUAUCUGGUGUCGGCGUAGCGCGCCAACGAAAAGCGAUCGUCGAUGGCCUGCGGGAUUCGAUAUCGCAGUUCUCUGGUAAUGUCAAAGGGUCGACACCAAAGGAUGUGAUCGAUCUACUUCUCCUGACGCAGUACUUUUACGCGACUGGUUAUGUGGGAACUCAGCGCGGUACAGCGCAGUCUUCUCCCAAGAAAGAAGUCCCAUUGGUGGUGCUUUUCGCGACGGGUUGUUGCAGGCGCAGGCGGGGAGAAAUUAGUACUGAUUUGUUUAUUUAAU